AUGGAGGGAAAUGCAUCCAAAGACCAAGAGCAGAGUGGAAAAUUAGUAGCUUUCGAGGGCGAUGCCGAUACCAUCACAACCCAGCUGCGACUCUUACCACCAUCCCCGAAAAUUCUUGUUCUGCCAUCUUUUGAUAAUGCCCCAUCACAAGAUAAACAAGGCCAGUUAUUUGACGCCCGCGCAUAUAUUCGCGAGGUCCACGAAGCUUUCAUAGAGCGAAUCGAAAUAGCAAGGGCAUUCCUGAGAUACUCGACCACCGCACAGCCAAGAUUGGUUUUCAUGAAUGGGGGCAGUGUACGUGGCCGGACAACGUGUAUCUCCAGAAUAUCUGAAAACCUCACCUAUGGAGAUAUCGGGGAAGCUGAGACACUAUUUAACGACAUUGCGCGACAUGGGGCGAACAGAUUACUGAAAGCAGAGUCUGAUGUUGACCAAAUGGGGCCAGAACUUGAGAUGAAUUUGGAGGAAGAUACCAGUGAAAUGCCCGAAGAUCCCACUACAAUGGCUGUGGAAGCUGCGGAGAUUCUUUACCGCGAGACCGCUACUUUGCAGUCUGAGGAUAUAGGGCUACAGGAGAACAUAUUUGACGGUUUUAACUUACGCUCGACUAGGAGUUACACCACGGGGGUGAGAGGGAGUGUGAGGGGUAUUUCGGACGUCCGGUUGGAGCCUCUCGCAACUCAUGACAUGGUAGAAUUGAAGAACCAUGAACUGUUUGGGAGUGGCAGCGAUGAUGCAGUACCAAGCAUUCUGACUGCACGAAGUCGCUCUAGUAUUGCUGAGUGUCGACAUUUUCCUCUUAGACGCUCUGUUACUGCCAAAUCAAGUUACACCACAGCCCUCACGUAUCAAGUCGAGGAUAGCGGUGAUGGCGAUUACGACGAGGAUAUUCUGUCUCAUUGGGAUGAAGGUCAUAGGUCAAUGCCUCCAACCCCGGUCGCUGUUUACGGUCAGGCUUUUCUCGUGGAAGUGCAGACUACCUCGCCCGAAAAGCGACUCAGGAGAGUGAGGUCGGUUGACAGAUUCUUUCUCAACAAAUCAAGAUGUCGAGAGCAAUUUCAUGGAGCCAGGCCGGUAUCAUCAAUCGGACUAGGCGGGGUGGGACUUCAGACACUGCCUAGAAAGACAUUCCUUAAGGCUUCAGAGACAACGAUUAAGAAAUUAUCAGCAUCGAUAAAGUCGACAAGCUCUACGGAAGAUAAUAAAGACCCAGAAGCCCGACUUUUUAUCGAUCGUGCCACCGACACUAGAGAUAUCACGGUUGAACAUUUUGCUAUUGAGGAGCCAGAAACUGAAGAAUAUGUUCCUAUUUUCCCUCUGAUAGAGGAUUUGAUAAUAUCGUUCAACGAUGGUCACCCCAGUGAAAUCUCCGACCUGAUUAUUCGAUCCUAUAAGAAUGGCAGCUACCCAAUGGCGCCAUCAAUUUUCCCGUCGGAUUCCACAAACCCGAUGCCAGCGUCACAUCCCGAAGCUGCCAAUAUCGUAAACAGUCCUGCUCCCUCACUCCGCACAGAAAAGGAUGGUCCUGGCUAUGAAUCUCGGCCGUCAUAUGACCCUUAUAGCUCAGACGACAGUUAUUCUGCCAGCACAGAGCGGCCAUGGCCUCCACGGGAGAACCUAUUCCGUGCUGCUAUUUGUAUUCGAAGGCCAAACUCCCUCACGCCUCCAAGGUCCCCUCAAACACCACAUGGAGUUCCGGAAACGUUCCUCGAGUUCCCAGUAAAUGCCACAAGCAGUAUUCUAGAGAUCCAAAACUCUCUAAGACAAUUGCUUAGUAUCCAUCUCCCCUCUGGAGAAAAUGGAUACAGUCAACACUAUUUCUCGGUAGCCCCUGAAGUAAACAGGCUGUGGAAACCUAUCUUUGGAAAUGACCAGCUCUCUAGCGUUGGAAACAAUGGCACAGCUAUCGAUCAAAUAAUAGCACUAGGUUGCGAAACUGGGGUCACGAAGGAGUUUUGUGAUCAAAUAUGCUGGCAUAUUGAGAAACUCGGAAUGAACAGUGGAGGGUAUAAUAGAAGUGCGAAGUUGGACCUAACAUAUCUGAUCGCGAAUAUGAUGCAAACUCUUUCCACCCUUCCACUCAAGGAUCGAAGCACUCUCAACCCACUAUCAGACCCAUCAGUCCUUGCAACUCUUCUAGUUCCUCAGCUCGAGGCUUACCUAGCGGCCAAUAGUAGCACCCGUCUUUUAAUUCUCCAUUACACGUCCAACCAGCUCCCAACCAUGGUAGCACUCCGCAAACUACUCGGUAGCCACCACUUCAAAGUGGCAGGCAUUCUUAACUCGCUCGCCUUGGAUUCACCAUCUUCCAGAUGUCGUCCGCAGCUGUCUAUCUCAGCUCACAGCGGCGCAUUCAACGAUUACCUACCCUCCAGCACCUAUCACGCAAGCCCCCUCAAUAGCUCUCUCGUACCUGUCAAGGGAGACUCCACGUUAGAGAAAUCCCAGGGAAUGGUCUCAAAGCCGAAGCAAUCUCACUCAUAUAUUUCAUUUGCAAAGGCAAACUAUGUGCUACCCAGCACAGCAACCUCAACGGAGAUUGCUUCAUUUGUUGCUGAAAUCCGUAAAUCCCUCGUGGAGAAAUCAGCUCUAUACGCAUAUAAGCCACCGCCGAAGCCUGCCAUGGUAGACAAGGGUAUCCAAGCACUCCCAAUACCACCAAUCCCCAAAACACCCAACAAGCACGAAACAUCCACCAUGCCAACUGGGAACCAGAGCGUGCCCGGAAGUGCACGAGGCUACGACCAAGAUCGCGACUCCUUAUAUCCCGCGUCAUCCUUCAAAACCCCUACUAUCAGGCGAGAAAGGGAGAACAGAAAGAAGUGGGAUAACUUUUAUGUUGGAGAUGAGGAUAGUGAUGAUGAUGAGUUUGAUAAGAUGAUUCUCGGGAGAAAACAUGCUAAGAUUGUGCCGGAGAUGAGGAUGGCCGGUCCUGCACCGCAAAAGAAGAAUAUGCAGAAGGCUUUAAAGUGGCUGGGUGUUUCGUGA